ACAGGUAUGGGUCGGGUCAGAAUUUAGCAUCAACAUCAAUAAAACAUUGAUCCAUCCUGCUUUGUAUCAGCAGUUGAGGCUGCUGGUGUUGGUGAAAUGGUGUGGGGGAUAUUUUCUUGGCACACUGUGGGCUCAUUAGUACAGCCUGUAUACUAAAGUAUGUACAUGUUUGUGUAUUUGGUGAAAAUAUGCUUAACAUGUUUUUUUGCUGAAUACAUCUUCUCUGUACUCCAGAGUGCGCCUGAGCAGUUUACGCUGGAGGAGAUUCCCAUCACCGAGUCAAAGGUCAGCAUGGACGUCAACUUUUCCGGCUCGUCUCCUGCAAAGAGAGUCAACUCAGCUGCCGCAAAGAUUCCUCUCUGUUCAAAGCUCCAUGGACUCGAGUGAUGGUGUAUGGAUUCAGUCAUAAAGUGCAGCGUAAUGGCCAGCUGAACCUGAUGGGGGCCGUGUGUUUCCCGCUGGACGCCUCUCCGUCCAACACCGGCCUCACUUCUCCACCCACAGCCAACCAGUAUCCUAGCAUCAUCAUCCCCACCGACAAAGUGCACGACAAAUUGGGCGUGUCUCCCCCUCCUGGAGCAGUGCUGGUGUUGCACUCGUUGCUUCAUGAGUUUCCAUUGGCGAUGGCCUUCGCUGAACAGCUGCUAACCUACAGUGUAGGAGAAACCAUAGAGCGCUCUGAGGAUGAGCUGGACACGGUGCCCACUUCUGUGCUCAUUCAGGUCGUGGAGCUGCUAGGACGGGACCAGCAACCAGAUCCUGUGGUCCCCACGAGCCGCUUUAUUGAGCUGAAGACACUGCUCGUGAGCAAUCUGCACCCAAUGGUCACCGAACAACAGCUUAUUGAAAAGUUUGGUGCAUUGGGGUCCAUCUCGACUGUGCAAGUGUGCAGAAACAACAUCAUCUCUCCUGCUUAUGCCUUUGUGACUUUCCAUCAUCGACGUGAUGCAGUGCGAGCACAAAAAGCUCUGAACUUCACUGAUUUACUGAAUAAACCUCUGAUCAUCAUGUGGGGCCCAGACAAGACAAUUGAGGUCCUCUCAGAUAAUGACAGCAGCUCUCCAAGACAAACAGAGGAGAGAGAGACAGCUGGAGAAACAGAGGAGAGAAAGACCAGUGAAGAAACAGAGAGAGAGGCCGCUGGAGAUACAGAGGAGAGAAAGACCAGUGAAGAAAUAGAGAGAGAGGCCGCUGGAGAUACAGAGGAGAGAAAGACCAGUGGAGAAACAGAGAGAGAGGCCGCUGGUGAAACAAAGGAGAGAGCGAACAGCGAGUCUUCAUGGGGAAGAAGGAUCUCCAACAAUGUGAAAAGUGCUAUGAAAGCUGCGGUGAGCAGUCCAGCAGCCUGGGUCGGAGUCGGCAUAGGUGUUUGUGCUGCUUAUGCCUACUUCAGGAGCAGGAGCUAGUGUGGACACAUUCUAAAAGACGAGAAGGCCUGCCUCACGAUCUCCACUCAUCAUCCCCAGAGUGACCAAUCACUGCUCCAGAAAGACCUUGAUUUCCCCAGCAGGCCAAACACUUGCAAUAUAUGU